CUGUUACGUUAGUUUCCUUUGGAAUAAUUGAACCUACUUACAUUCACGAAACUGGCGGUUUAUUCCAAUUUGCCAAAAAAAUUGGAUUAAAUAGGUUUAAACCAUCUGCUGAUUUAAUCGCGGGAAAUUCUCAAGUUCUCAGCAAAACACCUUUAACAAUAAAAUGGGUAAUACAAAAACCCGAAGCCGAUAUCAUGAUGACCUUUUGGAACGACUUGCAGAAGCUAGGUAUGGAAGAAGAUGAAAAAUCUUCAAGGAAAUUCGCAAUCGCGAAUCCAUCCCCUUUUGUUAGGAAGAUGCCUGCCCUGAACAAAGCUUCUCAUGUAGAGCUAGACCCGGAAGACAUUGAAUAUUUUGCUCCUGGAGGAAUCAUCUACAAAGAAAGACAAAAAGCUUUCUUGGACGUCUUACCUUUCGAAGAAAUCUUGAAGCGUGCGGAAUCAUGGUCAAAAAGGGAAUUGGAAACCUUGGAACCUCUAUGGGAAAUAAACGAAGAGACCCAAGAAGAAAGUCCCAAAUUUUUGGGCUUUAACACAAACAGGGGAAUUAACAGAGGCAAUAUACGGACAAGCCUACCUGACAUUGGUAGAAUUGCAUAUUGCGAUGUGGCAAUCGAUCCAUCCUUCAAUGAAAUUGUGACAGGAAAGCCACUUGACCAGAAGACAGCAAUGAACCAACAUUUGGUUCAAGAAAUACUUAACAAAUACCUGGAGCAAUCGCAUUGUCCAGACGAAACACAUUGUGAUUACCAUUAUGAAUGGGCUUCUGCUUAUGUAUUUGAUAGAAUUCAAGAAAGCUUAGAGGAAAAGGCAUGGGAUGAUUGUUUGAACAAAAUAAGAAUUUUGCGAAAUCCUAAAUUGCUAGCUCCAGGGGAUUUUUAUUUGAAUGUUACUUGA